AUGAAUAAUAAUAGUAAUAUUUUCAGGCCACCAUCAUGUCAUAAAGUAUAAACUCCUUAGUUUGCCAAAGAAUAGUAAUAACCCAAAAAUGCGAAAGGAAAUAAUAGACAAGUUUUUAGAAUCUAGACAUUUAAAUUGAGUCCUAAUUUCAAGAAUAAUCUAAGUUAAAUGCCUUCAACUUAAGAUACAUUGGAAUAACGACUGGCCGACCAGACUUCUGAGAUAAGAUUACUUUAAAAUCAAAUAGCAGAGUUAAAGAAAUAAAAUGAGCUAUUAGAGUAAAGAUUGAGAAAGGCCAAUUCAACUGUUUCUGAUUAUUGGAUCAAAGUUAAAGAUACAUAAACUAAACUCCAACAGGUGUCAAAUAAAUUUCGAAACAGCAGAGACAAGAAAAAAAUGUAUAAAAGGAGAAUAAUAGAUGCUUUGAAUUACUUUUAUGGUAGAUACACUGAUGCCUAAUAAUAGAAUACUCCAUUUUUAUAAUUAGAGGAACUAAGAUAAAUUUUACUGCAAUUAGGAAUGCAUGAAUCCAUUGUCUAAGAAAUGCAAUAUUUAAAUCAAUAAGCUCAAAAUUAGUUGAAUGUUAAUAUUGACAAUAUGACAUAUGAAUAAAUUUUAAACUUGCAAGAGAGAAUUGGCAAUCAAAAUGUAGGAUUAACCAAAUUGCAAAUAAAAGAGAUUCCGAAAAGAACGAAAGAAGCAAAUGACAAUGUGGAAGAAAUCUGUACCAUCUGUUAUGAUCAAAUAUAAACUGGCAAUGUAUAUAGACAACUACCAUGCAAUCACAUUUAUCAUUCAAAGUGUAUAAAAGCGUGGCUCUUGAAUCACAAAAAGUGUCCAGUCUGUAAUAUAGAAGUGAUUCUUGGUUCUGAGUAACAUGAAGACCAUAAUCACUAACAAACACAAUGA